UCAUCCGUUACUUAUACCGUCACCUCCUCCACCGCCGCCACCGACCACCGUCACUACACCGGCGAAAAUGGGUUCCAAGCCAAGAAUCUCGUCUCCGGCGACCUCCACGAAAAGGGUGAGAAGAAAAUCAUCCAACUCAAGCACAAGGCUAAGGAAACCAGAAACCCGCCACCGUAGGGCCGGUGACGUUGAUGGCGGCGCCGCCGCCUCGGUUUCCGACAAGCUGGAGGCGCUAAAGAACCUCGUACCUUCGGACAACGUAGAGAUAAAGCCCGACCAGCUUUUUCAAGAAACCGCCGACUACAUUGUGCUUCUGAAAACUCAGGUUCUUGUUCUGCAGAAAUUGAUUGAUUUUUACGGCUCACAACCUCAUGAAAAUCUGAAUGAUGUAUAGUAAUUGCAGAAAAGGAGAAAAAUCCAGAAAAAAAAAUAUUUUUUUAUUUUAUUUAUUUUUGAAGAAAAAAAA